AUGUCCGCCGAGCCAGCGUCAGCCACCAGUCGCAUGAAGGUCGUCGUCUGCCGCGACCUGGGCCCGGACGUGAUGCCCCUCCUCCGCGCGCGCACGGAGCUCGACGUCGUCGUCUGGCCGGAGGACCGCGCGUGCGAGCGCGCGUGGCUGCUCGAGCACGUACCGGGGGCGGCGGGCGUGCUGGUGAUGCUCUCGGACAAGGUGAACGAGGAAUUACUCGAUAAAGCUGGUCCCACUUUGAAGGUGGUGUCUACGAUGUCGGUUGGCUACGAACACGUCGACCUCCCCGCCCUCGCCGCGCGCAACGUCCGGCUGGGGUACACGCCCGACGUGCUCACCGACGCAGUCGCGGACGUAUCGGUGAUGCUCGCGCUGAUGGCGGGCCGGAACGCGAAGGAGACGAUGGGCGUCGUGCAGCGGGGGGAGUGGCCCAACACCUCCUGGUCCCCCUUCUCCUUCUGCGGCCCGCAGCUCUCCCGCCCGUCCCCCUCCAGCACCCGCACCGCGGGCUUCAUCGGCUUCGGGCGCAUCGCGCGCGCCACGCUCGCGCGCCUCGUGCCCUUCGGGAUCACGCACGCGCUGUACACCACCUCCCCCGGCUCCGCGCCGAGCCCCGCGCAGGACGCGCAGUACACCCGCCAAUUCAGCCUCACGUCCGUCCGGCGCGCGGGCAGCCUCGCCGCGCUCGCGCGCGGCAGCGACGUCGUCUUCGUGCUCGCGCCGGGCGGCGCGGCGACGCGCCACGUCGUCGACGAGCGCUUCCUGCGGCAGAUGAAGCGCACGGCGGUGCUCGUGAACACCGCGCGCGGGACGCUCGUCGACGCGCACGCGCUCGCGCGCGCGCUGCGCGAGGGGUGGCUGUGGGGCGCGGGCGUGGACGUCGUCGAGGGCGAGCCGGCGGUGGGGAGCGCGCACCCGCUCGUGCAGGAGCCCCGGUGCGUCGUCCUCCCGCACAUCGGGAGCGCGACGACGGAGACGCGGCUCGGCAUGGCGACGCUCGCGGCCAACAAUCUGCUCGCGGGCGUGUUCGGCGAGGCGAUGCAGGCCGAGUUGGACUUGAAAGGGAGGACUUGA